ACGCGCACGUACGAGUCCCUCUUCUCCUUCGUUUACGACCCACGAAACCAUCCGUCACUCUGCAAAUCCGCUGCAGUUGUGCAGCUUCUACCAAGAAUCCAUCGAUCAAUCGUGCGUCUUCAAAACCGAAACGGCGCCGUUACCAAUCAAACUGCCUUAAUAGACCCAUCCUUGAAAGCUCCUCUCUGUAAGGUAAACACGGGUUCCGCAAUCUACCCUUCUUACGCCCGCACCAGAUAACGGAAUUCCUAGGGUUUUCAUGUUCUAUUUGGCUUUCAUGUCGUAUGAAUGGAGAUCAAUUAUAGCCUCUUCUCCAAUUUCUUGUCUCAUCAAUUUCUCUUAGCCGCGGCAUUAACCCUACUCUCUCUUCUACUUGCUCUUCUCACGUUUCGAUCGAAUUCCAAGUCUUCCAAAUCUCUUGGCGACGGGGGUAGGGCCGUGACGUUGUCGAGGAGGAAAGAGGACGAGGGAGGCUGCUGCAACUGUAACGGGGGCAUCAUCGAGAGAGAUAACGGUGUUCCGGAUUCCUCACCGGGGUGCGUUGACGGUGGGACGGAGAUGACUGCGUCUGCGACGGUUGUUGCGGCGGAGAGGCAGACGGGUGCUUCGAUGAUGGAACAGCUGGUGCCGGAGAUCACCACGCACGCUCUUAGUUACUUGGAUUACCCGAGCCUGUGCAGGCUGUCAAUGACGAAUUCACUGAUGCGAAAGGCUGCUAAUGAUGAUAAUGCUUGGAAAGCGCUUUAUCACAAGGAUUUUACAUUGGAACAAGAUAGUGUGACUCCAGUCAAUGGGUGGAAGGCUUAUUAUGCAGCUACAAGAGCCCUUGUGAAUGUUAAUGCAGAAUUCUUUAAUAUUAUUAGAGAAAGGUCCCUUCCGGCCAUGAGCAGUUAUUGGCUCAAUGCAGAUUAUGUGAAGUGUGUUCAUGCCUCUGGAGAACUCUUUUCUGGAUACAAUUCUGUCAUACAGAGUUGGCGGCUUGGUUUUGAUUGGGAGCAAGGAGUCAACUUCCAGGUUCGUGAUGUCAGAGUUCGGGUGCUGACAGAUAUGGCUUGGGUUACAAUGAAUGCGUAUGUCGAUAUGGACACCGGACCAUUUAACAUGACGAACGUAUUUGAGUUCCAUAAUGCCCGCUGGUAUAUGGUGCAUCAUCACAGUUCAGUGAUGAUGGAGGAUGCAAUGAUGGAUCAACAAAUUGUGCAUGCCUAAGAAGGAUAAGUAGGAGAGAUAAUAUUAAUGAUUGUUUCAUACUGAUUACAGAAAAUAGUGGGUAUUUAUGAACAGGUGGAAGUUGCUUGGUUCUCCUUGACAAUUUCUUUGGAAGAUCCUUUCUCCUCUCCCCCGAACCUACAAGUUUUGGUUGUUUAUGGCAAAGUGUCAUCAUUUUCUUUCUUCUUUUUUUCCCUUCAUUCUCUUGUAACUUGGAGGAAUUUUGCUAUCACCAGUAUGUCUGUAUAUACAUGUGAUAGUCAAAUGCGAAUGCUCAUUGUUUGAAGCAAUUGUGGUUGGAGAAAAUUUUGGGUGAUGAAGAAAAUAUGAAGUAGAAUUAAAGAUCUUCCUAA